AUGCUGACUACUAGACAUUUGAUCCAAGGAAUAAGUAGAAGUGGUCGUCUUUUGAGGGUAGUGACGCCCCAGGCGAUGAGAUGUAUGGCAAAUACGCCCAUCCACAAGAAACCGGCCGACACAGCUCCCGCUAGCCCAUUUUUGGCCGAGAUUGAAGCAGUAACGCCUUCAAAUAGCGCACAUCUCAGUCAACUCUCGACAAAAGAGCUUGUUUCGCUAGGUGUGAUCGGAUUUGCAACGAUCAAUAAGCCCAUGCUAGACCUGGUACUGAGAUUAUUCCCAUUUGUACCGAUCUGGGCCAUGAAACUACUGGUGUCGUCAUUGUACUGCGGCGGUGACAACUUCCAAGAGGUGAGAGAAACCGGGAAAAGACUGCAGGACAGAGGCAUCAACAACAUGAUGCUGUCGUUGACCAUUGAGGACGCAGAGGGCACCAAAAACAUCGACAUCAACCAUAUCGUGUCUGAGACCAUUGCAUCCGUUCACGAAAUUCUCAAACCCCAUUUGCUCCAACAGCUCACCAAAACCUCAGACGUCAACAGCAUUCCACCGGGCUACAUCGCUCUGAAGCCCUCAGCUCUUGUAUCCAACCCAUACCAGACAUUGUUGCACUUCAACGACCCAGAAUGGCAAGAAAACCGUAAAGCGCUCAUCGAUAAUUGUACCAAGAUUACUCAAGAGGUGUUCAAUUUGAACCAGGAGCUCGCAAAGCAGUUCCCAGAACGCAAAACGCCUUUUUUCGUCUCUGUCAUCGACGCUGAAAAAUACGCUCUGCAAAAGAGCGGUGUUUACGAGCUACAGCGCAUUCUAUUCAAGAAGUUCAACCCAAUGAGCGCCAGCAUGGUGUCCUGUGUUGGAACAUGGCAACUAUACUUACAAGAUUCCGGUGCAGAUCUCCAGAAAGACUACAAACUAGCCGAAGCUGAAGGUUACAAACUGGGCUUGAAAAUCGUUCGUGGCGCUUAUAUUCACUCCGAACCAGACCGUGCUUCCAUCAUUUUCCCGGACCAAAUCGGCACCGACAAAAACUUCAACACCAUUAUGUCCAGUGUCAUUGCGGAUCUGUUAGCCAAGGGCCAGGACUCCACAUACGGCCACCUAGUGGUCGCUUCUCACAAUUACCAGUCCCAGAAACUUGCAACGCAAUUGCUCAACGGACAAGACGACAAGAUAGGCAAGGCAAACGUGGUGUUGGGCCAAUUGCUUGGUAUGUCAGAUAAUGUCACCAAUGACCUGAUUGUCAACCACAAGGCCAAAAACCUGAUCAAAUAUGUACCUUGGGGUCCUCCAGCGGAAACCAAGGACUAUCUACUGAGAAGACUUCAAGAAAACGGCGACGCAGUGCGGGCAGACAAUGGGUUUCCUCUAGUUGUCGCUGUGGCCAAAACUCUGUGGCAAUCGCUAUUGGGUAAGCCAAAAACAGCUUAG